AUGGCUCCUCCGAAAAUAAGAACAUAUAUCGAUGAUUAUGUCAAAUUUGGUUUUACGUUUAUUGAAAAAGAUGGUGUCCAAAAGCCUCAGUGUGUUAUUUGUCACAUUGUAUUAAGUAACGAUGCCCUCCGACCUAGUCGACUAGAACGACAUUUAACCACAGCUCAUCCGAUGCUAAAAGGAAAACCUAAAGAGUUUUUUGUUGCUAAAAAAAAUUCUUUAAGUAAAAUUAAAAUUGACCAUACCGGAGAGUUUCAACAGAAUAAUAAAAAAAAUGUUGAAGCUUCAUAUCAUAUCGCCUUCAUGGUGGCUCAGCAAAAGAAACCCCAUACCUUAGGUGAAACAUUAAUUAAACCUAGCAUACUUAAAGCUGUUGAAAUAGUACUUGGUGAAGAAAACAAAAGGAAAAUAGCUCAAAUAUCUCUUUCAGAUAAUACAGUGAAACGACGUAUAGAUGAAUUAGCUUUGGACAUUAAAAAUCAGUUGAUUCAUAAAUUAAAACAUUCCGUAUUCUUUGCAAUCCAAUGUGAUGAAUCAACUGAUGUGGCCAAUUGUUGCCAGCUAUUAGUUUACUGCCGUUUUAUAAAUGAACAGCCCAUCGCAGAACUUCUAUUUUCCCAGGCUUUAAAUUCCACCUCAAAAGGCAGCGACGUUUUAUCUACCAUUGACAUAUUUUUUGAUCAAAAUGGUUUGUCUUGGAAAAAUGUUGUAGGUGUCUGUACGGAUGGUGCUCCUGCAAUGCUAGGGUCAAGAUCGGGUUUUGUAAGCCUAGCAAAAAAUAAAAACCCGUCAAUAAUCGGUUCUUAUUGUGUAAUACACCGACAAGCUUUAGCAGCAAAAACGCUGCCAUCUGAACUUAAAAAUGUACUUGAAGUAUGUAUAAAAGUUGUUAUAUAUAGACCUAGCGGUCCUCAAUCUUACAAACAUAAUACAAACCGCAGCAUGGUCGGCUACUAA